GGAGUAUGUGACCGAUUACGGAAUGCGUGAACCUUUUUGCACUUUAUAUCUGCGUUCUGUGCGUGGUUUUGAACGCGACAUGGUGGGCAACCAGCAGUGAGUGAAUGAAGAUGAGAAGGGGCUUGUGGAUGGGGCUUUGCUUGGGAAUCGGGAUUGUCCUCCUUACGCCCCUCCCUCACGUUAGGGCUCAGGGUGCUGAAGACUGGCAGUAUGAGGAAUGUAAGUUGUAUCGCUCAGGCCCACCUGCUACCAUCGUCACCAUUGAUGAAGAAAGUCCAAAUGGCACAGUGUUGGUGGAGAAUAUGCAGAUUAAUGGUCGAGUGCAGGACCCAGGCCGGACAAUCUCUCUAACUCUAUUGGCUAACUAUGAUCACUGGGUGAUACUGGAUCCUGCCCUGCAAAGACUUUACCUCAACAGCACUGGACGAGUACUGGACCGAGACCCUCCGAACUACAUUACAACCAUAGUGGUUCAGGUUCAGUGUACCAACGAGCUGGUGGGCACAGUUAUCCUGCACGAGGUCCGAAUUGUUGUGCGUGACAGAAACGACAACACGCCACAGUUCCAGCAUCCACGCUACUACGUGGCAGUCAAUGAGCUCACUCCUGUUGGUACUACCAUCUUCACCGGCUUUGCAGGGAACAACGGAGCGACUGAUAUUGACGAUGGACCCAACGGUCAAAUUGAAUACGGCAUCCAGUACAACCCAAAUGAUCCGCUGUCAAAUCAAACAGUUCGGGUGGCGAGCACACUGUCUGGUAACAUUGUUCUGGCUGAAAGGCUGAACUAUGAAGAAAGGACGCGAUACCUGAUCAUUGUGCAGGCCAAUGAUCGUGCUCCAUAUCCAGCCAGUCGGCACACUGCCACCACCACGCUUACUCUGGAUGUAUUAGAUGGUGACGACCUGGGCCCAAUGUUCCUGCCCUGUAUUCUGGUCAAUAAUACGCGGGACUGCAGCCCUGUCACCUACCGAGCUGUCAUCCCUGAACUCAGAGAGCCGAGCAAACUGAACCCUCUAAAUGUGACACCACCCAUUCAAGCAAUCGACCAGGACAGAAACAUUCAGCCCCCCUCAGACAGACCUGGGAUUCUUUAUUUUAUUCUGGUUGGACAACCAUCAGUAUACCCAGAGUUCUUUUCUCUAAACAAGACCACAGCAGAGCUUCGACUUCUAAAACCAGUCAGAAGAGAUCAGUACCAGAGCUUCAACCUCGUCAUCAAGGCGGAGCAGGAUAAUGGUCAUCCUCUGCCUGCUUUCGCUGACCUGCGGAUCGAGGUGUUGGAUGAAAACAACCAGGCGCCGUACUUCCAGCUCCCGUCCUACCAGGGCUUCAUCAGCGAAUCCGCCCCUGUAGGUGGCACCGUGUCGGGCAGAGCUAACCUCACAGCACCGCUGUCUAUUGUCGCCCUGGAUAAUGACAUAGAGGAGAGCAAAGACCCACAGGUGAAGAUAACACUAAGUGACUACACCAGCAUCUUCUCCAUCAGUGCAUCAGGACUCACACGUUACCUCACUCUGCUCAGACCUGUGGACAGAGAGGUCCAGACGAACUACACCUUCACGAUAGUGGCAUCUGAUGGCGUUCAGCAGAGCCUGCCAGUCAUUGUGAACAUCCAGGUCAUCGAUGCUAAUGACAACACACCCACUUUCUCUCAAGUGUCCUACAAUGUGGAGGUGUUCACAAACAUGCAGCCUGGAGAGACUGUAAUACAGCUGACUGCUCGGGAUUCAGAUGAGGGUCUGAACGGCCUGGUCACUUAUGCCAUCCUGGCGGGAGAUAAAGGGGAUUUUGUCAUCAGCAACCGCACGGGUCGGAUUACCAUAGCUCCUGGAGUGAGUCUGAGCGUGGGAAACUCCUACGCCUUAACCGUCAGGGCAUCUGACAACGCGCCUGAGUCAGAAAGGAGGAGUUCCAUAACUACAGUCUAUAUUGAUGUGUUGCCUCCUAACAACCAAAGUCCUCCACGCUUUCCUCUGACCACGUACAGUCUGGAGAUCAGCGAGGCCACCAGGAUUGGAGCCAUUCUCGUCAACCUGCAGGCGACAGACCGUGAGCUAGAUCCAAUUACGUACCGUAUUCAGAGUGGUGAUCCGCAGCAGGUGUUCAACCUCUCUCAAACUAUAGGCCUGCUGCUGUUGUCUAAAGCUCUAGACAGGGAGACCGUUGACCAAUACCGUCUCAUCGUCACUGCCUCCGAUGGACACCCAGGAGGGACAUCUACUGCCACCGUCAGCAUUGUGGUUACAGACGUGAAUGACAAUGACCCGUCCUUUGACCUCACCUUGCCAAGGAACUUGACUGUACAAGAAGAGAAGGCCAAUCUGUUUGUGGGUCAAGUCAGAGCCACAGAUCCAGAUGCCGGCCAGAACGGUCAGGUGCGGUAUCGACUUCUCACUCACUCGUCCCGCUUCAGCAUUUCUCCUAACGGCAGCAUAUAUACAGCCGUGCCUCUGGACCGGGAAACUCAAAGUCAGUAUGAAUUGGAGGUGGAGGCCUCGGAUGGAGCUGUGGACCCUCGGCGCACCACCCUCACGCUGAUGGUCAGGGUGUCGGACAUCAACGAUAACAGCCCUGUCUUUUUCAAGCCGUUCUACUUGGUCAGCGUACCCGAGAACACCCCGGCUGGAACUGUCAUACUGCACCUUAAUGCGACAGAUGCAGAUCUGAUAUCUAACAUCACAUACAGGAUAAGAACUGAAUCAGCCCAGCAGCUCUUCGCGCUGGAUCGGAUCACCGGAGCUCUGUUACUGCUGCAGGCUCUGGACUUUGAAGCUUUGGGUCGAGACAGCACUAACUACACCUUCCAGGUGGAGGCACUUGAUUAUGAAGGGGUUCUGUCUCCCGGACUGGCUACAGUUACAGUGAGAAUAAUGGAUGUGAAUGAUUAUGCUCCAGUCUUCACUCAGGCACUUUAUAAAGGCAUGGUGGCACCCAACGCUGAGAAGGGAACAAUCAUCACAAAGGUGCUCGCCACUGAUCAAGACCCUCCUGGGACAGCAGCCAGCAGGGUGAGUUACAGAGUGGACCAAGAGCAGUCACCCUACAGUGGCAGCAUCUUUGAUGUAGAGGAGACGUCCGGCAGAGUCCUCACUAAAGUGAACCUGAAUGAGGAGCCCAGCACCACCUUUAGGCUUGUAUUGAUUGCAUUCGAUGAUGGCGACCCAGUGAAGCUGAACAGAACAAUGGUGGAAAUUACAGUCCUGCAGCCCUCCAGAAUACCCAUCUUCACUGCAGAGGAGUACCGGUUCAGUCCGGUGAGUGAGACUGCCCCGGUCGGCCAGGCUAUAGGCAUGAUCCUGGCUGCUGCUACAAACACCACCAUUUUCUACUCUAUUGUGGAAGGCAAUGAGGGGGGUGAGUUCAGAGUGGAUAACCGCACUGGCAUGAUCUACACCGCCAAACAGCUCGACUACGAGACGCAAACCAGCUACGUGCUCCGCGUGCAAGCCGAUUCUCUGGCUCUCGUCCUGGCCAACCUGCGUGUGCCUUCUAAAACAAACACAGCCAAGGUGUUUAUCGACGUACAGGAUGAGAACGAUCAUCCGCCGGUUUUUACAGAGUCUCUGUACAUAGGAGGAGUAACUGAAGACACUAAGACCUUUACUUCAGUCCUCAAGAUUAUUGCUACAGAUGUAGACACGGGGAACUACAGUAAAAAUGCGUACAGGCUGAUCAUCCCCCCGACACCAGAGGGCCAGGACAGCUUUGUGAUCGAGCAGUACACAGGUAUCAUCAAAAGUGCCAUCAUGUACCGCAACAUGCGCCGCUCCUACUUCAAGUUCAAAGUCAUUGCCACCGACGACUACGGCACAGGUCUGAGUGCCAGCGCUGAGGUGGUGGUCUCUGUGGUGAAUGCAUUGGACAUGCAGGUGGUGGUGUCCAAUGUGCCACCCACUGUAGUGGAGGAGAAUAAAGAUCAACUAGUCAAGAUUCUGGAGCGCUAUGUGCAGGACCAAAUCCCUGGUGCUAAAGUGAUAGUGGAAUCCAUCGGGCCAAGGCGGCAUGGGGAAGGAUAUUCAUUAGAGGACUACAGCAAAUCAGACCUGCAGGUGUACGCCAUCGACCCUCUCACCAACAGAGCCAUAUCUCGACAAGAGCUCUUCAAGUUUCUGGACGGUAAGAUUCUGGACAUUAAUAAAGAGUUCCAGCCUUAUCUGGGUGAAGGAGGGAGAAUUUUAGAGAUCCGCUCUCCAGAUAUCGUCGCCACGGUGAAGAAGGCUGCUCAGGCUGUGGGCUACACAGAGGGGGCACUGCUGGCUCUGGCCAUUAUCAUUAUUGUGUGCUGCAUCCCUGCUAUCCUCAUCAUCAUGGUCACAUACAAACAAUUCAAAGAGAAACAAGCCGAAUGUGCCAAAACCGCCCGCAUCCAGAGGUCUCUUGCUUCUACCAAAACUCCCGUGGCUCCCCCUGUGGCUCCUGCUUCAGCACCAACCUCAGCUCCAGCCAAUCUCUACGAAGAACUGGGAGAUGGAAAAAUGCGUGGAUAUGGCAGAGAGCAACAGCAGCUGCUGAGGCCGUCCUUGCUCAAACCAGAGGCACUCUCUAUGGAAUCGGGUAUUGACCCUGGACAGGACUACUAUGGACAAGACUACUAUAAUUAUGAUCAAGGGUACGAUCCGUAUCCUCCUUAUGGGAGCCGCAGGAGGUUGAUAGCUCCCAUGUAUGAUGAGUAUGGAGAGGCUAUUACAGAGGAUGAUGAGGAAUCUGAGGAGGAAAGUAAAUCGAAACACAAGCAGAUCAAAUUAGUUGUGGAGGGGGAUGGUGAGUCAACAACUACAGGAGAGGACAGUGGUUCAGAUGUACAGAGAAACUGCCUGCCUAAUGUCAACAAUCAAAGCAACAUCAAUGGCUUGAUAUAUCUGGCCCAGAAUGGCACAAUCAUCAGAACCAGGCGCCCACCUUACCCCAAUAACGUGAAACCUUUCUCACCCGGACGACUAAACAAACAGUUCAAGAAACUAGAAAAACUUGGAGUUACACAAGAAGAACAUUUACCUUUUAAUAGCACAGUGGAUAAUGGGCCCACUAUAGGGCUCAGUACUAAUGCAGCACUUUCAUCCAGGACUGACAACAACCUGAACAUCGGGCCUUCAGCUUGGACUCUAGGGUCAAAGUCUAACAUUGUUAAUCAUGGGCGCUGUCAGCAAGAACAGGAGUCUUCAGUGGACAAUGAGGCCAGAGAGACCUUAGAGACCCCGAGUGACCACACAUUAUCAGAUGAGGAUGAGUUGUGGAUGGGUCCCUGGAACAAUCUGCACAUACCAAUGACAAAACUCUGA